AUGGUAACCCAUCUCAAGGCAUGUAAAUUAGAUCGAUAUAUUGAAUCUGCACUUGCCCAAGAUGCUAGUGAGGAUGAUACGGCAAAAGACAGCUUGGCUUUUUCACAAAUUCAUCAGGCAAUUAAUAUGUUAGUUUUUGGAAAAAUUGCUACGGCUGAUACGGCAAAGGAGGCUUGGGAUAUAUUGGAGAAAACAUACAAAGGGAUUAACAGGGUCCAACAAAAUAAUUGGAUGAUGUUGAAGAGAAAAUUUGAACUUGUGACGACGGAGAAGUCUGAAUCUAUUGAGUCAUAUUUCUCUAGUUUGUCAGAUAUUAGAAAUGAGAUGAAACUCAAUUACUAUAAUCUUCCUGACAGAACAUUUGUUGAGAAAGUUCUCAAUACCCUACCCAUGAAAUUUGAUAAUGUGGUAGCUGUAAUUCAGGAAACGAAAGGGAGCAUGGCGAAUUCAGUCAGAGGAGCAGAGAUGGUUACAAUAACAGAAGUGGUCGUGACAAUAAUAAUAGAGGCCGAGGAAGUACAUCAAAUUCUGGACAUGGUAGAGAGAGUUCAAUGUUAUAAUUGUGAAAAAUUGGGUCAUAGACAAUUUGAAUGUAGAUUGGGAGAAAAUGUAGACAGAAAUUUUCAGGCUAAUGUUGUUGAUAAUCAGGUUAUAGUAAUCAUGUCUGGCAAGAAGGAAUUAUUUGUUGAACUUGACGAAUCUAUUUGUGGUGAAAUUAAAUUUGGGAAUAAACCAGUGAUUGGCAAGGGAAAAAUUCCUAUUAGCCUGAAAAAUGGAUCCACUGAUUUUAUUUCUGAUGUUUUCUAUGUUCUUGGGUUGCAUCAAAAUUUGUUGAGUAUGAAUCAGUUGAUUGAGAAAAAAUAUUUGUAUCAGGAAUGGUAUUUUAUUAUCUUUAUUGAUGAUUUUAGUAGAAAAGCCUGGCAUCAGUUGCCUACCAGAAGUGUUCCCGAAAAAACUCCUGAAGAAGUUUGGAGUGGUAGAAAACCAUUUGUUGGUCAUCUCAGAGUUUUUAGAUGUAUUGCCUAUUCCCAUAUUUCUGAUCAAUUGAGAAAAACACUUGAUGAUAAGGGGGAGAAGUGUGUAUUUAUUGGUUAUAGUGAAGUCUCUCGGGCUUACAGGUUGUAUAAUCCUGUGACAAAAAGGGUGAUAGUAAGUAGAGAUAUGAAUUUUGACGAAAGAAGUAUUUGA